CUGUCGUGAAGUCAGAUGUUCUGGAAACGAUGGCUUUGCUGUUCAGUGGAGCGGAUGUGAUGUGCGCCACUGGAGACCCCGUGCACAGCACCCCCUACCUGCUGGCCAAGAAGGCGGGUCAGAGUCUGCAGAUGGAAUUUCUCUUUCACAACAAGUUCUCAGAUUUUCCUCAGCAUGACCUUCAUUCUGAGGGUGGAUUAACUCAAGAGUCUCCACAGACCACCUUCCUCUGUGAGUUUUUGUAUCAGGCUCCUGCUGCUGCUUCCAAACUCUCUUCAGAGAAAAAACUGCUCGAAG